CAUCCAGGAAACACCUGAUGCGGUAGAGUGAAGCGAGCGUGCGUGUGCUCGUGUAAUCAGUUAUUUUUCGAGGUGUGCAAAACGCUGCUUGUAAGUGCAUUUACCGACAUAUGCAAGCAUUUGCCAACAGCACGACAACACAGUUCAAAGCCCAGCCGGACUCUGCAAACACGGGCAGAGCACAAGUCGUGAGCAUCGCGUCACACCACGGCGAGGAACACUAACAACGGUAACCGGGCUGGAGUGUUUUCCGGCAGGAAUAAGACAGUGCAGAUGGAGAAGUUGAAGGCUCGGCUGCGUGGUGAAUUCCAGGCUCUGGAGAGUGAGAAGAGGCACCUGCAUGAGUACAAACAAGAAAUGGACCUGCUCCUACAGGAAAAGAUGGCACACGUGGAGGAGCUCCGGCUCAUACACACAGAUAUUAAUGUGAUGGAGAACACUAUUAAGCAGUCAGAGAAUGAUCUGAGUAAGCGGCUUGAGUCCACACGCAGGCUACAUGAGGAGUACAAACCCCUGAAGGAACAUGUGGAUACGCUGAGACUCACCCUGGGACUCCAGAGACUCCCCGAUCUCAGCCACGAGGAGGAGAGACUCUCCCUGGACUACUUUGAGAAGCAGAAGACUGAAUGGCAGACGGAACCUCAGGAGCCUCCAAUCCCAGAAUCCUUAGCAGCAGUGGCAACCGUAGCACAACAUCUUCAGGCAGUACGAAAACAGGACAGCAGACAGCCAGCAAUGUUCAGACAACAACCCCCACCCAUGAAGGCAUGUCUGUCAUGCCAUCAGCAGAUCCACCGGAAUGCCCCGAUCUGUCCACUCUGCAAAGCCAAGAGUCGCUCCCGUAACCCCAAAAAACCCAAGAGAAAACCUGACGAGUAACACACACACACACACACUUACACACACACAC